AGCCGCCGCUGCAUCCUCUACUCUGCCGCGCUCUUCCUCUUCCUCCUCCUCGCCGCCGCCGCCUUCCUCCUCUACCCCUCCGAACCGGAGAUCCGCCUCGUCCGGAUCCGACUCAACCGCAUCGGGGUCCGAACCAACCCGAGGCCCAUUCUCGACCUCUCCUUCUCAGUCACCGUCAAGAUCCGCAACCGAGACUUCUUCUCCCUCUCCUACGACUCCCUCGCCGUCUCCGUCGGCUACCGCGGCCGCCAGCUCGCCUUGGUCUCCUCCGGUGCCGCCGCCGGCGGCCUCAUCAGGGCGCGCUCCUCCUCCUACGUUGACGCCACGCUCGACGUCGACGGAUUUGAGGUCAUCUAUGAUGCGUUCUACCUGCUCCAAGACAUCGCCAGGGGCGUGAUUCCGUUCGAUACCGAUACGCGAGUCGAAGGGAAGUUAGGGCUUCUCUUCUUCCACGUUCCUUUGAAGGCAACGGUGUCGUGUGAAGUGUAUGUGAACAUAAGAGAGCAGACAAUUGUACGUCAAGACCGCUAUCCUAAGUCGCUGGGUGAUCCGCUGGAUCAGAGCGCCGCCCACCUCGGCUUUGGCGGCAGCAGCGCCGCCCACCUCCUCGUCAAUCUCCACCCCGUCGUAGUCCUCCGUGCCUGGGAGCUCGACCCCGCCGUCCUCCAGGUCGCCCUCGAGUAUUUCAACUACUAG